AUGAUUAAGAUUAAUAGCUGUGAGGGAGAUCAUAACGAAGAGAAAGAACAUUCAUUCUCGUCAGAAGAACCUAUAUAUUUUUUCUAUGACCCACACGAUAUUCCCCCUGCAUAUGGGAGAUACAUUAGGUUAAUAUCUUAUUUCAUAUCUGGCUACUACAAUUCCUCCAAUGGUGGCGUUGAUUUCACGAAAAUCUUAGCAGAUGAUGCUGAGGUGAUUAAGUUAUGUGAGAAUGCGAGUAAAAUUCUAGCGGUUGAACCGGUUGUGUUGGGUGUUGAUGUGGACGCUCAGGAGAAUUUGGUAAUUGUUGGUGACAUUCAUGGCCAGUUCAAUGAUUUGCUUCACAAUGUGUUAGGAAUCCACCUUGCAAAGCGACCUUUUAUGGGUAGCAGAAGGGUUCAACCCCAUUCCCAUUUGCCAAAUAGGGACGGAUACUGUAGUCUUUUCGACACCAAUUAUCUGAUUCACGAAGAGGCAUCCGGUCUGGUCAUGGAAAACACAGACGAAAAAAUCACGCUUGAAAAGAAUCACCGCGGUGUUACCCAAACCACGAUACCUUUGAAAGGCUCCAGUGAUAGAUAUGGUGAGAAUUUCACCUUCCAGGCGACCGACCGUGCACCUUCAGAAACUUCACGAGUCAUGACUGGUGAUGCCGAUCAAGUUAUUAAGUUUCUUUUCCUGGGGGAUUAUGUAGACCGCGGUCCAUGCAGCGUCGAGGUCAUUCUUCUCUUGUUUGCGCUCAAAAUCGAGUAUCCCAAUCACAUUUUCCUGCUGCGCGGCAAUCAUGAGGAAGCGCAGACAAGUCGCAUGUAUGGUUUUCUUUACGAAUGCCGAGCAAAGUUCUCCUCCGUGGAGUGUCCUCACGACUACCGAUACAAGGGCAACAACUACCAACCCUCUCAAAGUGACGCUUAUACCGAACCACAGGGCAGCUGUUUUCACGAAUCCAAUAGUUCCCACCGACAGGAUAGGACCAGCGGUGGCUGUGGUGCUUUCUCGACCAUGUCUUCUGGAGGAGGGGGAUGCGGCCACGCCAUUAUCCGACCUGGUGGAGCCCACUGCGGUGGUGACCACGCAACCAAAAUAUGGCUCUGUUUCAACACAGUAUUUUGCUGGCUGCCCCUUGCGGCGGUGGUGCGCUGCGGGGCGGGGUAUUUUUUCUGCGCGCACGGCGGCCUCAGCCCGCACAUGAAGCGCAUCGAGGCCCUGCAGCACCUAUGCCGGCGAUCUUACAGCCUACAACGCAACUUCACCUCUGGGCGAGUGCAGCAGUAUUCGGACUCGAGAAACUCUAUUGCUGGCAGCAGUUCACUGUCUUCCCCGCGUCUGGGCGACAGCAGUUCUUCCAGCCCUUGUGGAGAUAACGAGGAUCAAAGCAAUAACAUCAUCAGUGGACUUCUCUGGUCGGAUCCCGAGGAGAAUAUUCUGGGAUUCGGGCACAAUCAUCGUGGCUACGGCUAUUCCUUCGGCGCAGAUAUUAUAGAGACGUUCCUCCAGGCCAAUUAUGGACACCGCUACGAGCCUACCGUUCAUAAUCCUUCUUGCCCAUGGACGCUUGGCGACGUUGUGACAGACUUUCCGAUGGUAGCUCCACGGUUUCACUUCCUUGUCCGCGCUCAUCAGUGUGUAAUGGACGGCUACCACUGGUCAUGUGGUGGCAAUGCUCUGACCGUUUUCUCAGCCCCGAACUAUUGCGGCGCGAAUAAUAUGGGUGCCAUCGCCAUCCUGCGGGGUGAUAUUCAUAGCGUUUUAAAAGGAAUUGUGAAGGAUAGCAUUUCCUUGGAGUUUAAGACAUAUGAGAGCUUCACGUGCAAGGAGCCGCUAGCGCCACCAGCCUCUUGUCGUGAUGAAGCCGUUUUAAUGGUGCCGUGUAUGAGCGGAAGUAGCAACAGCAGCUCGUCAAGAGUCUCAACAGACGAGUGCAUGAGUAGACGCGGUGCGAUGCUUCCCCCGCGUACAAUAAAGCAACCGUUAACCAACCUCAUUAGAAAUCCUAUCCUGGAAGAUUUUUUCGAAUACAAUGAUGCCUAUGAGAACUAA